ACAAACUUAGAGGCUGGAACGGCUUAUGAUAAUCAGGAGACAUCAGAGUUCAGUUGGAUUCUGGGCUCCGGCUCGACCUCCGAAUCAACAAACUCUUGUUUUCCCACGAUGAACCUUUCUCGUCGACAGCGCCUUCUCCUAUGCUCCUCUCUUACUCUGGUUUCUAUCAUCUGUUUCCUGCUUGCCUGCUCCAUCUGCCUGCCUCUUAUAGCCACUCCCGCUGGCGCGAGAAAGUUUGUAUUUCUCGAGAGUCUUGGAAGCAUUCUUCUAAUUGCCGCUCUUGCUGUCCUGCUAGGCGUCUACCGGCUGGUUCAGGUAACUUUUUUGAGUCUCAGCCGGUUGCCCUUCACACUGAUAUACUUCGGGGCUCUAGCCCUAUCCAUCUACUCCAGCCUCAUUUUGAGAAAAGCAGUAUUUUCUCUAAUCGCAGUGCUUACGCAGCUCUCUAUAAUUCUUAUCUUCGUCCUCCACCAGAUACCGGGUGGGAAGGCAGGUCUUUGGCUGCUUACGAAGGCCGGAUCCAAAGUGCUCUUUGGCACCUUCAAAAUGAUGAUUCGUUGAGGUGGGUGGCAAUAAUCAUUUUUUACUUUAUACUACCCAUUAGAUCUGAUUUGAUUGGACUCUUCAUUUUGCUGGAAAAUUAA